GUGAGAGCCAAGUAUGACCGUUAGUUAGCGUUUGGAAGAAAAAGGAAGCAACCCAACCAACCAUUCACCUUUCUAGAUCCCUUGACUAUACACAUUCCAAUUUUACAUAGUUUCUGUGGAUGAAGUUGCAGCCAUGCAUUCUUCAACCACAUCAAUCUCUUCCAAUUACCCUCUAAUUUCUGCUUUCGUUGCUUUUGCCCUUGCCCAAUCCAUCAAGUUCUUCACCACCUGGUUUAAAGAAAGAAGAUGGGAUCUUAAUCAAUUAGUUGGGUCUGGUGGAAUGCCAUCAUCUCAUUCAGCUACUGUUACUGCUCUUGCAUCUGCCAUUGGGUUGCAAGAAGGCUUUGAAGGACCACUUUUUGCUAUUUCCUUCGUUUUCGCUUCUACUGUGAUGUAUGAUGCUACUGGUGUAAGAUUGCAAGCAGGACGCCAAGCAGAGGUUUUAAACCAAAUUGUGUAUGAACUUCCUGCUGAGCAUCCUCUAGCUGAAAGAAGACCACUUCAUGAACUUCUUGGCCACACACCCCCUCAGGUAAUUGUGGGUGGAAUACUUGGACUCUUAACAGCAGUUGGCCUUCUAAGAGCCUUCCCAACAAAUUGAGGCCUUUCUUCACUUCACUUUCUGCUCUCAAAUUCUUCUCUCAAAAAUAACUUUGCAUUUCAACAACUUAACAUUUUUCUGUUCUCAUGAUAAAAAGAAUUGAAUGCAAUAGACUUCAUGCGUUACAAUCUACUAGUAUUUGUGGGUGUUAGGUAUCUAAAAGGAAUAAUCAUGUAUUUUAUAGGAAUUUAAGUGUAGGUUGAGUUCAUAUUGAAACAAAAAAAAAGUUUAGUGGUACAGAAAGAAACUCAUUCUACUAAAGUUUUAGUAAUAUAAAGGGCUGGUGUUAGGCUUUUUGCUU